AUUAUUAGGGCUGUUGCCCGGUCCGUUCCGAAAGCAUUGAAUUCUGGCCAGAAAAAGACUCGUUCGGACCGGCCCGAUAAAAAUGUUACCCGAAAAAUAUGAGAAAAAAAAUGCCGACUCGAAAAUCACAACCCUAUUUAUUAUCAGGCAACGGGGUGCUUGUUUUGGAGGGAAAGAAGGUUGCGGGGAAUGUUGUUCCAACAAGAGAGAAGUUCCAACAAACAGAGAAAGAAAAUUCUAGCGGUACCAUAGACGGUGGUACCUUUGUCUUUCUCAUUUUGACAACCCCCUGAAUUACCUAAAGCGAGGAAUUCUUCGGAAUUUAACCAAUAAAAAUAGGUAGAAUGAGACGAGGGCUUGAGAUAAAAAUCCCCAGAUAAAUAUGUAAUGAUUGAAAUUUUAGAACCUUGCAAACCCGGUGUUGCAGUCACAGAUUUAAUGACUGGCCUAUAUGCUCAUGGUGCUAUACUUGCGGCAUUAUUACAUAGAGAUAAAACGGGAAAUGGUCAACAAAUUCAGUGUAAUUUAUUAUCUACCCAAUUAGCUACUUUAAUUAAUAUUGGAAGUAACUAUAUAAAUGCGGGAAUUGAAGGUAAACCUUGGGGAACUGAACACGAAAGUAUCGUUCCAUAUCAAGCAUUUCGGACAAAGGAUGGUCGUUAUUAUGUUCUUUGUACAAAAAUGGAAAUGCCAGAAUUAGCAAAUAAUCCAGAAUAUGCAACAAACAGUGAUCGAGUAAAAAAUCGGGAAAGACUAUUGAAAAAAUUUAAAGAAAAAUUUUUGACAAAAAAUUUGGAAUUUUGGAAAAAUAAAUUAAGAAGCAAAAGUUUCCCGUCUGGACCAGUAAAUACAAUUAAGGAGACUUUUGACCAUGAACAAACUAAGCAUUUGGAUUUAGUUAAAAUUAUGGAGCAUCCUAAAUAUGGGAAUGUAAAAGUUGUUGGCCCUCCAGUAAAAUAUAGUGACACAAAAAAUCAAGUUCGAACAGCACCUCCAUUGCUAGGAGAACAUACUUGCGAAGUACUUUCUCAGGAAUUAAAUAUUUCAACUAAGGAAUUGGAAAGAUUAAAAAAUAUUGGAGCUAUAGAUUUUUAA